CUGAGUGGAACCUUUCAUGUUAAACCACUGUAUGGUCUUGGCCACCAUGCUGCAGGUCAAUUUCAGGGUCUUGGCAAUCUUCUUAUACCCUAAGCCAUCUUUAUGUAGAGCAACAAUUCUUUUUUUUCAGAUCCUUAGAGAGUUAUUUGCCAUGAGGUGCCAUGUUGAACUUCCAGUGACCAGUAUGAGAGAGUGAGAGCAAUAACACCAAAUUUAACACACCUGCUCCCCAUUCACACCUGAGAACUUGUAACAAUAACGAGUCACAUGACACCGGGGAGGGAAUAUGGCUAAUUGGGCCCAUUGUGGACAU